AUGUCGUCUAGAAAGAAGACUCUUUUGAAAGUUAUCAUCCUCGGAGACUCUGGUGUUGGCAAGACGUCUCUGAUGCAACAGUUUGUCAAUGGUAAGUUCUCUCAACAGUACAAGGCCACAAUUGGUGCCGAUUUCCUGAUGAAGGAGCUCGUGUUGGAUGAUAAGACUGUGACGAUGCAAUUGUGGGAUACUGCGGGACAGGAAAGGUUCCAGUCCCUCGGUGUUGCGUUCUACAGAGGCGCUGAUUGUUGCGUAUUGGUUUACGACGUUACCAAUCCAAAGUCCUUUGAAAACGUCUCGCUUUGGAGAGAUGAGUUUUUGGUACAAGCCAACGUCAAGAACCCUGAGAACUUCCCAUUUGUUGUUAUUGGCAACAAGAUUGACGUUGAUGAGUCCAAGAAGCUUGUGAGUCUCAAGAAGGCACAGCAGUUCUGCGCCAACCUGGGCAACUUACCGCUAUUCCAAACCAGUGCCAAAGAAGCUGUCAAUAUCGACCAGGCUUUCGAUGUGAUUGCCCGCAACGCUUUACAACAGGAGGAGAACGACGAGUUCCAAGACGAAUUCAACGACGCUAUAAACAUCAACCUCGAGAGUGAAAACCAAGGAUGUGCAUGCUAG